AUGAACUACAGCAGCCCUGCAUCACAAAGAGUGGAGUCCGAAAUACGACAGCUGAGUAAACUGACCUGGCCGAUGGCGAACGCUAGCAACAGUAAUCAUGGAUCUAAGAACUCAAAAGAACAGUUUGCAAACAUGUCUCUGGACAUGGAACUGGAACGGCAAAUACAAGGAGUGAAUCCUCAAAGCUCGACUGCGGGUCUGCUCAAUAGUCCUAAUCUUCACUGCAGCCGCCGCGAUGCCUUGUUAUGGGAAGCAGAUACAAGCAUCGUGCUGUGUGUCCCAAGUCAAAGUCCAGAUACUUCAAACAUUGAGUCCAUUAGAAACACUGAGGAUAUGUCCACCUCCCCCAUGACCCCUGUCCACACCAUGACCCCUGUCCACACCUGUGACGCUGCAGUCGGCACCGAGCAGACUGUGAUGGUGUCUGCGCUAAGCCAAACUGAGCCACCGCAAACUGCAGAUAAACAUCUCAACACAGAGGUUUACAUGUUAGACCUGGACUGUCUCACCAAUGACUUCAUCACAAUCAAAACCCAGAGAGAUCAACUACUGGAGCAGGUCAAGACGCAGAGAAUCACUUCUCGUUUGGCAAAGAUUGUGACCGACCUAAAAACUCUAGAGGAUGAUUAUAACAAACUGAGAGAGAAAGUCCUGGCUGGCGUUUCUCUUCAGGACCUGAAGCCUCUGGACAAAGACACAGCUGGAGGCUCAACAGUUUCCCCAGGAGUCACUGCGCCUGUGGAGACGUCUGUUUGCUCACCUCAGCAGCAUGAGAACAUGACAAGUGACCGACCCGCCCACACUGGUGACGACGAGGACGACUCUCAGGCACGAGAAAGAGUCCAGUGA